UUUCCUGCUUUGGUGUCUCUCCUGCAAGGGCUGCAUCGCUGUCCCCUCCUGGGAUCUGGAUUUCCUAGAGCUUCUCAUUAAAACGGACAGAACUUGGCAGAAGACUAAAGGGUUCCUUCCGAUCUCUCAGAGGCUUCCUGAGAGCACAGAUGGGUGAGCGAGACUCAGCUCGCCCUGGAACAGGAAGAGGCCAUGCCAUCCAAACUGGGAUCACUGGGGGAUUCUGGGAGAGGAAGAUCCUGGGUGAGGAGGACACCCUCCACUCAGAGGUGCAGAGCCAGCAGCAGUUGAGGCAGUUCUGCUGCCAGGAGGCCAAAGGACCCCGAGAGGUUUGCAGCCAACUCUACCACUUUUGCCACCAGUGGCUGAAGCCAGAAAGGCACACGAAAGCUGAGAUGCUGGACCUGGUGAUCUUGGAGCAGUUCCUGGCUGUCCUUCCCCCGGAGAUGGAGAGCUGGGUGAGGGAAUGCGGAGCGGAGACCAGUUCCCAGGCGGUGGCCCUGGCCGAAGGUUUCCUCCUGAGUCAAGCAGAGGAGAGAAAGCAGGAACAGAGAAAGCAGGGAAAGGAUCAUUUUGCAGAAAUGGACCUGGAUUCCUGUGAGGCAGAGAGGCCUCCGUUGGACACCAAAGAGAGGCCACUGGGUGACAGAAUGAUGCCAGCAAGACCUCCUGAUCCGUCUUUUCAUGGGGGCAGAAGGGAAGCAGCGGCUGUGGAACCAGAUCAGGGUCUGGUGUGCUUUGAAGAUGUCGCUGUUCGUUUCACGGACGAGGAGUGGGUGUUGCUGGAUCCUGACCAGAGAGCUCUGCAUAAGGAGGUCAUGGAGGAGAAUUGUGGGGUCGUGGCCUCUCUUGAUUGUGAUGAAUUUGAAAUUGAGAACAAAGGUGACCACGAUAAAAUCCGCAGAGAGGAGAAGCCACGUGAAAAUUUGGAGUGUGGAGAAAGCUGCGGUCAGAGCUCCCAUUCCACUUCCCAUCAACAAAAUCUCAUUGGAAAGAAACUCUAUCAGUACAUGGAAUGUGGAAAGAGCUUCAGUCAUAGCUCCUCUCUCACUUCCCAUCAGAGAAUUAAUGCAGGGGAGAAACCAUAUCAGUGUGUGGAAUGUGGAAAGAGCUUCAAUAGGAAGGACAGUCUCACUUCCCAUCAAAGAAUUCAUACAGGGGAGAAACCCUAUCAGUGUAUGGAAUGUGGAAAGAGCUUCAGUCAGAGCGCCUCUCUCACUAAGCAUCAGAGAAUUCAUACAGGGGAGAAACCAUAUCAGUGUGUGGAAUGUGGAAAGAUCUUCAGGAAGAGCUCCCAUCUCACUUCCCAUCAAAGAAUUCAUACAGGGGAGAAACCCUAUCAGUGUGUGGAAUGUGGAAAGAGCUUCAGUCAGAGCGCCUCUCUCACUAAGCAUCAGAGAAUUCAUACAGGGGAGAAACCCUAUCAGUGCUUUGAAUGUGGAAAAAGCUUCAGAACAACCUCCGAUCUCACUUCCCAUCAAAGAAUUCAUACAGGGGAGAAACUCUAUAAGUGCAUGGAAUGUGGAAAGAGCUUCACUGCUAGUUCCUCUCUCAGUUCCCAUCAAAGAAUUCAUACAGGGGAGAAACCAUAUCAGUGUGUGAAAUGUGGAAAGAGCUUCAGGAAGAGCUGCCAACUCACCUCCCAUCAAAGAAUUCAUACAGGGGAGAAACCCUAUCAGUGUGUGGAAUGUGGAAAGAGCUUUAGUCAGAGCUCCUCUCUCACUAAACAUCGGAGAAUUCAUACAGGGGAGAAACUCUAUCGGUGCUUGGAAUGUGGAAAGAGCUUCAAUAAGAAGGACAGUCUCUCUUCCCAUCAAAGAAUCCAUACAGGGGAGAAACCCUAUCAGUGUGUGGAAUGUGGAAAGAGCUUCAGUCAGAGCUCCAAACUCACUUCCCAUAAGAGAAUCCAUACAAAGGAGAAGCCACGUAAAAAUUUGGAGUGUGGAGAAAGCUGCGGUCAGAGCUCCCAUUCCACUUCCCAUCAGCAAAAUCUCAUUGGAAAUAAUCUCUAUCAGUGUGUGGAAUGUGGAAAGGGCUUCAGUCAGAGAUCCUCUCUCACUUCCCAUCAAAGAAUUCAUACAGGGGAGAAACCCUAUCAGUGUGUGGAAUGUGGAAAGAGCUUUAGUCACAGCCAAAAUCUCACUUCCCAUCAAAGAAUCCAUACAGGGGAGAAACCCUAUCAGUGUGUGGAAUGUGGAAAGAGCUUCACUGAGAACUCCCAUCUCACAAGACAUCAAAGAUUUCAUACAGGGGAGAAACCCUAUCAGUGUGUGGAAUGUGGAAAGAGCUUCACUGAGAGGUCCAAACUCACUUGCCAUCAAAGAAUUCAUACAGGGGAGAAACCUUAUCAGUGUGAGGAAUGUGGAAAGAGCUUCAGUCAGAGAUACUCUCUCACUUCCCAUAAAAGAAUUCAUACAGGGGAGAAACCCUAUCAGUGUGUGGAAUGUGGAAAGAGCUUCAGUCAGAGAUACUCUCUCACUUCCCAUCAAAUAAUUCAUACAGGGGAUAAACCCUAUCAGUGUGUGGAAUGUGGAAAGAGUUUAACUGACAGAUCCUCUCUCAUUUGCCAUCAAAGAAUUCAUUCAGGGCAGAAAUCCUAUCAGUGCUUGGAAUGUGGAAAGAGCUUUAGUCACAGCCAAAAUCUCACUUCCCAUCAAAGAAUUCAUACAGGGGAGAAACCUUAUCAGUGUGUGGAAUGUGGAAAGAGCUUCAGUCAGAGAGCCCAUCUCACUUGCCAUCAAAGAAUUCAUACAGGGGAGAAACCCUAUCCGUGUGUGGAAUGUGGAAAGAGUUUCACUGACAGCUCCAAUCUCACUUCCCAUCAAAGAAUUCAUACAGGGGAGAAACCCUAUCAGUGUGUGGAAUGUGGAAAGAGCUUCAGUCAGAGGUCCAAACUCACUUCCCAUAAAAGAAUCCAUACUGGACAGAAACUCUAUCAGUGCAUGGAAUGUGGAAAGAGCUUCAGUCAUAGCUCCUCUCUCACGUCCCAUCAGAGCAUUCAUACAGGGGAGAAACCCUAUCAGUGUGUGGAAUGUGGAAAGAGCUUCAGUCAGAGCUCCAAUCUUACUUCCCAUCAAAAAAUUCAUACAGGGGAGAAGCCCUAUCAGUGCUUGGAAUGUGGAAAGAGUUUCACUGACAGCUCCUCUCUCACUAAGCAUCAGAGAAUUCAUACAGGGGAGAAACCUUAUCAGUGUGGGAAAUGUGGAAAGAGCUUCAAUCAGAGCUCCCAUCUUAUUUCCCAUCAAAUAAUUCAUACAGGGGAGAAACCAUAUAAGUGUGUGGAAUGUGGAAAGAGCUUCAAUAAGAAGGAAACUAUCACUUCCCAUCAAAGAAUUCAUACAGGGGAAAAACCUUAUCAGUGUGUGGAAUGUGGAAAGAGUUUCAUUGACAGCUCCUCUCUCACUAAGCAUCAGAGAAUUCAUACAGGGGAGAAACCAUAUCAGUGUGUGGAAUGUGGAAAGAGCUUCAGUACCAGCUCCUCUCUCACUUACCAUCAAAGAAUUCAUACAGGGGAGAAACCAUAUCAGUGUGUGGAAUGUGGAAAGAGCUUCAGUACGAACUCCUCUCUCAUUUCCCAUCAAAGAAUUCAUACAGGGGAGAAGCCAUAUCAGUGCGUGGAAUGUGGAAAGAGCUUCAGUCACAGCUCCUCUCUCACUAAGCAUCAGAGAAUUCAUACAGGGGAGAAACCAUAUCAGUGCGUGGAAUGUGGAAAGCGCUUCAGUAAGAACUGCCAUCUCAGAAGACAUCAAAGAACUCAUACAGGGGAGAAACCCUAUCAGUGUGUGGAAUGUGGAAAGAGCUUCACUGUUAGCUCCUCUCUCAGUUCCCAUCAAAGAAUUCAUACAGGGGAGAAACCCUAUCAGUGUGUGGAAUGUGGAAAGAGCUUCAGGAAGAGCUCCACACUCACUUCCCAUAAAAUAAUCCACACAAAGGUCAUAAAAACCAGAUUACCAUAUUUUUUCCCAUGAAUCCAGAGACACUUUUUUGCAGCAGCCAAGGGGUUAAAAGACAGUAGCAUCUGGAUUAUUAGUAGGGAACAUCAUUUUGCAAACAUGUAGUUUCCAUGGCAACCAGAGUCAGGUUCCUUGGUUAUGGGUAAAGCAUAGGGAGGGGAGAGAGAGAGAGAGAAGGGAAAGAAAAAUUAGGAUAGGAUGACUAUCACAGUUGAUGAGGAAUAUGAAGACGAGCAGCAAAGUCAGUCCUCCGGGAAUAUGCAGGUAACCUUGGAAGGGACAGCACAUGGAAGAAUCCCGACCAAGCCUGUGAAGAGGUGUGUAGUGGUGAUAGGGGAUUCCAUACUGAGGGGUACAGAAGCAGUGAUCUGUGGGCCUGACAAGAUGUCUCGAGAGGUGUGCUGUCUACCCGGGGCCAAGAUCAAAGAUGUAACAGAACGGCUGCAAGGAAUCAUAAAACCCACCGACAAAUACCCCUUCCUUUUGGUGCAUGUGGGAACCAAUGACACUGCAAGCCAUAGCCUACAGUAGAUCAAAAGUGAUUAUGAGGCUCUGGGCAGGAAGUUGAAGCAAUUAAAUGCACAAAUAGUCAUCUCAUCUGUCCUCCCAGUUGAACGACAUGGCCCAGGGAGAGAGGGAAAAAUAGGUCGAAGUGAACAACUGGCUUCGCAAAUGGUGCAAACAGGAACGGUUUGGAUUCUUAGAUCACGGUCUGCUGUUUCUUGAAGAUAGACUUCUGGCAAGUGAUGGGCUGCACCUCACAAAAGUUGGGAGGAAUGUUUUUGCCAUGAAACUAAAAAACCUCAUCAGGAGGGCUUUAAACUGACUUAUGUGGGGGAGGGAGACAGUGGUCCUGAAGGUAGGAGUAUCAAGUUCUGAAGAUGAUCAUCCAAAUGUCAAGGACCAAAUGGAGCAAAAAGCACGCAGACCUAGUGGUGAGAAGAAAAUAUCCUUAAAUAAGAGACAUGGGGGAAUGAUAAAUGGUCUUCAAUGUCUGUAUACUAAUACACAGAGCAUGGGAAAUAAACAAGAUGAACUUGAGCUCUUGGUACAGCAAACUAAAUAUGACAUAAUAGGCAUUACUGAAACCUGGUGGGAUGAGUCUCAUGAUUGGAAUGUAGAAAUAGAGGGAUACAAUCUAUUUCAGAGAAAUAGACCAAACAGGAGAGGAGGAGGAGUAGCGUUAUAUGUCAGGGAUGUGUAUACCUGUGAAGAGAUCCAGGAUUUAAAACUUCAAAGCCAAGUUGAGAGUAUCUGGGUCAAAAUUAAGGGAGAGAAAAAUAACAGUGAUCUCAUUGUGGGAGUUUACUAUAGACCCCCAAACCAAACUGAGGACACAGAUGAUGCCUUCCUGGAACAGAUGACCAGGCAUUCAAAAGGAGGUGAGAUAGUAGUAAUGGGGGAUUUCAACUAUCCUGAUAUUUGUUGGAUGUCAAACUCAGCCAAGAGCAUAAGGUCGAACAGAUUCCUCACUGGCUUUGCAGACAAUUUCAUUGUCCAGAAAGUGGGAGAAGCAACAAGAGGAUCAGUCAUUUUAGAUCUGGUCCUAACCAAUAGUGAUGACCUGGUUAGUGGGGUAGAAGUGGCAGGAUCAUUAGGUGGGAGUGAUCAUGCUCUUCUGGAGUUUAUUGUUCAGCGGAAAGGAGCAACCAAGCAUAGUAAGACUCAAAUCCUAGACUUUAAGAAAGCCGACUUCAGAAAACUUAGGGAAACACUGGGUGAGAUCCCAUGGACAGAAAUACUAAAAGGGAAGGGAGUUCAUGAUGGUUGGGAGUUUGUUAAAAGAGAGAUAUUAAAAGCACAACUUCAGGCAAUACCAAUGAGACGGAAACAUGGAAGGUGCCUAAAGAAGACAGGGUGGCUAUCUAAAGAACUUUUAACUGAGUUAAGAUUUAAAAGGGAUAUGUACAAAAAAUGGAAAAGGGGGGAAAUCACCAGAGAGGAAUUCAAACAUAUAGCCAGCACGUGUAGAGACAAAGUCAGAAAAGCUAAAGCACAGAAUGAACUCAGGCUCGCCAGAGAGGUUAAAAGCAACAAAAAGGGCUUUUAUGGGUAUGUCCGUAGCAAAAGGAAGAACAAGGAAACAGUGGGGUCACUUAGAGCAGUGUUUCUCAACCUUUUUUGGGCCACGGCACACUUGUUCCGUGAAAAAAAUCACGAGGCACACCACCAUUAAAAAAGUUUAAAAAAUUAACUCUGUGCCGCCCUAUAUUAUAAUUAUGACUGUAAGAAACACUUGCCAAAUAUUGCUUUCCGGCGGGUCAGCGCUGCCGAGUUCGUAAAGGAUCCGGGUUUCUGAUCCACCCCACCCGACCCCGCCGUCCUGUAUCUUACCCUGUGCGUGUUCUCGGACUUGUGAGAGGACGAUUUGGUCUUCAUGCCUCCGUGAAUUAGCAACAAACUACCUUUUGAAUGAUGGAGAUUGAAUAUCUUAAAAGUAGCUACUUGAAG